AGUUGUGAACUUGCUGAGGCUGUUUUGCUGAGUUGCAUUUUAUCAAAUUUAUUUGUUUAUAAUGAGUGACAGCGAAGAAAACCCACUUGAUGAUACCGAAGUUGGUGCAAAGAAGUAUGUUGUGAAGACGGAAAGUCUGAUUCGUUAUGGAUGGGGAGAUAUGAGUCUGCGUCCUUAUCAGCUUGUAGGAGUAAACUGGAUGAUAGACCGAUACUACAGAGGUCAUGGCUGCAUCCUGGGAGAUGAGAUGGGGCUUGGGAAAACAUGCCAGACAAUAGCGGUGAUAGCCUACAUCAAUGGGAAGACCAAGGCCAAGCAUCCCCACCUUGUGGUGUGUCCCAGAUCUGUCCUGGAAAACUGGCAAGUGGAAGUGAAAAGAUUUACCCCCGGCCUGCGGAGCCAGGUCUACCUUGGAGAGAAGCAGAGCAGACAUGAUCUGGCAAAUUCCAUCAAGCGUGACUACAGGCAGGGAAAACUGAAAUUUGAUGUUCUCAUCUCAACUUAUGAGAUCUGCAUAAAGGAUGCAUCAUUUCUACAGUCCCUGGAAUGGAACCUGCUGGUUGUGGAUGAGGCUCACCGGCUCAAGAACCUCGACUCUCUGCUCUAUAAAACACUCUCACAGUGGGACUUCCACACCAGCCUCCUACUAACAGGGACCCCCAUACAGAACAACCUGCGGGAACUCUACGCUCUACUUAGCUUUGUGUCACCAAAGAAGUUCCCUACAGAUCACCAUGCUAUAUUUGUGAAUAAAUACUCCAAUGUCACAGAAAAAGCCGAUGACAUGCACCAUUUGUUGAGGCCGUACCUGCUGCUGCGCCGUAAGAAUGAGGUGUUGAAGGACCUGCCCCACAAGUCAGAGAUUGUCCUCACACACGGAAUCUCCAAUCUACAGGCCAAACUAUACAAAGGCAUUCUCAUGAAGGACACAGAGUUGUUUGAGAGCAACAGGACUGGCCAACAGCCGACACGAUUGAUGAACAUCCUGAUGCAGCUUCGCAAGUGUGUCAACCACCCCUACCUCUUUGAUGGUGUUGAGCCCGAGCCAUUUGCCCUGGGUGAGCACCUCGUGACAGCUAGUUCAAAGCUUGUGGUGAUUGACAAGCUGCUGGCCUACCUGAAGGAGACAGGACACAAAGUGCUCAUGUUCUCACAGAUGACCCACAUGCUGGACAUUCUCCAGGACUAUCUUGGCUAUAGAGGGUACAGCUAUGAGCGUUUGGACGGGUCAGUGAGGGGGGAAGAGCGGUUCCUGGCUGUCCAGAGCUUUAACAAGAAUGACGACACAUUCAUCUUCCUCCUCAGUACAAGGGCAGGUGGAGUGGGUAUCAACCUGACAAGUGCAGACACGGUGAUAUUUGUGGACAGUGACUUCAACCCUCAGAAUGACCUACAGGCAGCAGCUCGUGCACAUAGAAUAGGACAAACAAGACCAGUAAAGAUCAUCCGGCUGACAGGGCGACACACUGUGGAGGAGAUCAUACUGAAAAGAGCAGAAGAAAAGUUGAAACUGUCCACCGCUGUGAUUAAAGAGGGAGAGUUUUCACUUGGGGCUGACAAGACAGCACUCUUCACUGAUGAUAAAGUCAAGCUACUAGACAUUCUGAAGUACGGUGUGGAUGAGUUGUUUGGUGAUGGGGACGAGGACAGGGAUGGGGGUGAUGGUGCAGACAGUGAACUUGAUUUCCGGAAGAUUCUGGGCCCAACAGCUGACGGGGAGUGGCAGCUUGAGGAGGAGGAGACCGGGGCCAGUGGGGAUGGGGAGGGAGACGAGGAGGAUGAAGGUAUUCUGGAGGAUGCUCCUCAGAGCAUGUACAUGUUUGAGGGCACAGACUACUCCAAGGAGCCAACAGCUGCUGAUAAAGCUGCAUUUGACAAAAUGUUGGAAGCUGAGAAGGCUGCUAUUGAAGCAAAGGUAUUGGAAGACCGGCCUUCCCGGGCCAAGAAACAGUCUUCAGUUUUCAUGGCUGGUCUGCCGGAUGUUCUACGCAAACCGAGGAAAAAACUUUCCCCAGAGGAACUGGAACAGAGAAAAAAACAGAGGAUGGAGGCUGCUGAGCGAAGGGCAAAGGAGACUGAGGAACAGGAGAUGAGACGGGCACAAGCUUUACGCAAGAAAAAGGAAGAAAUGUGGAAGAAGAACAAAUAUGAGUCAUGCAAUAUUGAGUUGGAUUAUGACGAGGAUGGUGACAGUGAUGAUGAAGUCGCUGCUGCUGAUGAUGAUGAUGAUGAUGAUGGUGAUGUGAGUAGUAGGGACAUCAAGUAUGUGAGUGGAGAUGUCACCAAACCACGACAGACUGACCGAAUCCACAACAUCAUAGUGCACUGUGCUGAUGACUCUGGUAACUGGGGAAAGGGAGGCUUGUUUUCAGCCAUUGCUGCACGAUCCUCUCUGCCAGAACAGCAGUACACACUCGCUGGCAAGAUGCAAGAUCUGGCCCUGGGAGACUGCCAUCUAGUUCCUGUUGACGACGAGACAGGCAGAAAAGAUGGACAUGAUUGGCUGGGUUUGAUUAUAGCCCAACAUAGGGACAGAAAGAACAACCUGUCAGGAAUUAAACUAUCUGCACUAAGAUACGGACUGGAAAAGGUCUACAAGAAAGCCAAGGAACUCACAGCCUCCGUCCAUUUACCGCGUAUAGGGCACGAUACGCCGGGGUUUAACUGGUAUGGUACUGAAAAAUUGAUCAAGAAGCAUUUAGCCACCAAGGGGGUACCGACAUAUAUAUAUUACUUUCCAAGACAACACCAGAAGAGGAAGGGCAGCCUAUCGAAUGAUGCACCAAAAGUCAAAGCUUCUCGGUCCGAUGCUGACGUAGGGCCAUCUACAAGUGGAGUAGGAAAGAAGGCCCCCCAGGGUCUGCUAGAUAUAUUUUCGGGCACCGCCAUAUACCUACACAGGCCACAGAUGCCGGAAGUCCAGUACAAGAACUACAAGAGAUACAUACUAGCAUAUAACGGCGAUGUUGAUACCUCGGUGAGCAGUUCUACCAGUCACAUUGUGAUCGCCCAGGAUUGUGACGUCAAGGCCAUUGGUGAAGUGUCAGGCGAAAAUCUCGACAUCCCAGUCGUAACAACAGAAUGGCUAGACGAUUGUUUGCAAAAAAGGAAACUAAUAAAAACAGACGACUACGCAAUAGAUUAAGAACAAUGCAUCCUGUCAAGACGUUUGGAGCAACAGUCUCGAAGUCCCUUAUGUAGCUAAACUGUGAUAGUGUUUUAGUAAGUGCAUAUAGCAAGUGUGGUAAUAGAUAUACUUUGUAAAGAUAGGUAAACGGAAGACAGUAGUAUGGUUUUCGGAUGAGGAAGUGGGGCACUCAUGGCAGAUGUCUGUAUAAUAACGCGGAAUACUCACUGUCUGGUAUUUCAUUAGGCGUACUUGCUUGUAAACUAGGUCUAAUAUCUAGUAUAUCAGUGUCAUCAUUUUCAGUGUCCAAUUCCGUUUUACUUUAUAUAUUGAUUAUUAGAUAUUAGAAUUUAGCAAUGGUUCUUAAAAGUGUAUUGAAAAUAAUACAUGUUGUAAAGUUAUAUAUUUCCUUAUUAUGUAUAUCCUUAUAUACAUGGUUUAAGAGUAUUCCAAUACAAGAAUACUACUUCUUAGCAUUAAGAUUUAAUGUUUUAUGCCUUCUUAAAUGAGUGCACGCGGUUUAGUCUAUAAAUUAAGGUCAUGUGCUAUAUCUAUACCUUCAAUUAAUCAAUAACAAUAUGUAUGGUGAAAACUGGGUUCGACUUUGUUUUUUUGUUGUUGAAAACUAUGUGUUUACCCUAUCUGAGGCCGCAAAAAAACAGCUGAAUUAUUUCCCCAUAUUAAUCGCUUCUGGCAUCGUAACGUCAUAACGGUGCAAAUUGUCUCUUGGUUAGGAGUAAAAAUCCAUUGCUAAUUAGGGAAAUAUUUCAUUAACCAGUUGUCUUUUAUUUCUACGAUCAUUUAUCUGUCGAAGGCAGAACACUUGAUGAGAUUAUGAACCACUGACAAUGUCCAGAGCUAAGUGAGUUUGUACAACAGAAAAUGUGAACGUUUGAUUGUAUACCAAGCUAAAUAUUACACGUUGUUAUAACUGUAUUGUUUUUGUAUGUGCAUUUAAUGUAGUUUUCAGGGUAGAUCUUUUUUCAAUUUAAGAUUAAUGUUGUGAAAGUUUAAAUAAAUUUAUGGAAGAUA